UUUAGCUUGGAAAGUUUUUUUUCGCAUGGUCACAUACAGCUGAUGUGUUGUUCAUUGAAGUCCACAAACGAAGGGAAAAGGUGAGAGGAGGAGAGUGCAUAGAGGGUGAAUGAAUACAACAUGGCGGCUGCCGAUUUAGUUGAAAAACGUUUCUUAAACGAAAGCAAACGACACAGGGAUAAAAAAAAUACCUGAAUUUAUCCAAUAGAAACUCUUGUUUGCAACUGUUGGGCUAAUGAUUACACCCUAGAUAAGCUAGAUGCACGCAAGAGUGUAUUGAAUGUGUAACUGUCUGUCAUCUCAAUUUGUUUCUCUCGACCUGUGUGCACCUACGUUGUAAACGUUCAUUCAUAGGCUAGGUUGCAGCAACCUCCUGAUGGGUAUAGUGAACAUGUGAAUAUCAUGUAGUAGCCUAAUCCCAUCGAUGUUACAUUGAACUGCGUGAAUGGAAUAUGAAUGAUAGUCAUCCAACAUGCUGUAAUAUAAACAAGGCCAUGCUCAUGAACCAAAAAAAUUGUCCUCCCUCAUAAACGGCACUGACUGCCACUGGAUCACACCUACAGUGUUAAUUCGUUUUGGUACACCAGAAGUACCUACAUUAAUUUCUAAAGGAACCCUGUGUUUGCCUUCUUGCAGUGCGUUCUGUGUGGCACAUACAUUGGAUUUAUCUAAUAUGCAUCAAACUGUGUGCGUAGGAGGCUUGACAGAAAUGGUAGCAGAAUGAUUACGUUUUACACAUCCAGAUGAUGCUACAUCCCAUUUUGCGCAAAUACACCGUUGGUGUGAUCGAGGCGUCAGAUUGAGAUUGAUUCUGUGACGCUUGCCAAACAGAGCGCACUCAAAGUUAGGAGAAGCAAGCCACCUAGAAACCUUUUUAGGCAUGACACUGCAUGCUUACUGGUGAUAUUACUGCUCCUACUUUAUCAGAAGUGGAUUCAAGUUGAGGCUGACCAUACAACUGUGUAAUGUUUUUUUGGGAGAAAAAGUAACCUGAUGGAGUUUAUGGACGAUGCAAUCGUUUGUUCUCCUCGCUUCUCUGUGUGGCUGCGUCCUUUGCUCAGUCUGGCCUUAUCAGAUGCAGUGUUACCACUGUGAAGAGACUCUGUUGGACAAUGACUGUUCAGCUCCAAAGUUCAUUGUCAACUGCACAGCAAACAUCCAGAAUGCCUGUCAGAAGGAGGUGAUUGUGGGUGAAAAUGGUGUGAUUUACAGGAAGGCCUGUGCCUCCUUCUCCACCUGUCUGAUUGUUUCAGCAGGGUAUCAGUCUUUCUGUGUCCCAGGUCGGGUGGGCUCUGUCUGCAUUAGCUGCUGUAACACCCCCCUCUGCAACGGACCCCGCCCCCCAAGGAUCUCCCUGGCCCCCAGCCAUCCCCCCACCAGACCCACUGCGCUCCUCCUCCUCAUCACUGUUUCCAUGGCAACACUGCCCUGAUAUGGACACUGGUAUUAGCUAGAUUGGACUGAAUGUUCUCAGGUGUGGAGGUGCCUGGUGUUGGAGCAAACACUGUCCUGAGAGAUGACUGGACAGGGAUUCUGAAAUCAAAGCAACAGAGCUGUCCGACACAUACCGGUCCGUUGACGGGAGUGAGAAAUUUAGGAAGUAUAUUAAAUCUGACCCAAAAGUUCAUAAAAAUAGGUUGCAUCCAUAGUAAAUUACACUUUAAUCAUUAGUGCAGAUGGCACCGAAUCAAAUAACUAGUGUUUAUAUCCCAGAGAUGACAGGGUACAUUCAGUACUAUACACAAUGUUUACAGUUAGGACGACACACUUGGUGUACAAACAAAUUAGGAACACUUUCUAAUAUUAAGUUACACUCCCUUUUGCCCUCAGAACAGCCUCAAUUCAUCAGGGCAUGGACUCUACAAGGUGUCAAAGGCGUUCCACAGGGAUGCUGGCCCAUGUUGAUGCCAAAUGCUUCCCACAGUUGUCAAGU